AUGGUUGAAAUAAAGCAGUUCGAUAUCACGAUAAAAUAUCUCGUAUCGUUACAAGUACUAUAUAAAGCAGUCGACAGUUUAUACUUUUAUUGUGGGAAACAUUUUUCAAUUCAGUACACAUCAUUAUUCGAAUUUCACAGAGAAGCUAUGUCGACACCAGUUCAAAGUGUUUUGGAGAAAGGCAAUCGAUUAAAGCUCUUAUGGAAAUCAAAGCAGAUAGACGAGCUUUUGGCGGAUGGAUAUGCACCUGAUGCUCGUCUUGUAGAUCACGGCACGACUCACAAAGGCCACGAAGAACUGAAGAAAAUAUUCGAAAAGUUUAUGGACGAAGGUAGCGACUACACUAUCGUUGAUACAACAGCCGUUUCAGAUGAUUGUGUCACGCAAAGAUACAAACCUGAAUGUGAAAGUGUAAUUUCAACAUGUACAGCCACAUGGAAUAAGAUCAACGGUGAUUGGAAAAUAACUCUUGAAGAUUGGAAUUAA